AUGGAGGAGGAAUGGGUUCUGCUGGAUCCCAGCCAAAGAAAGCUCUACUGGAAAGUGAUGGAGGAAAAUUACGAGACCGUGGGCUCAGUGGGCAACUACAUUUCCCAGAAGGCCUUGCAAGCACCACAGAGGUCAACCCUGUCCAUUGUCGAUGUCCUAGGGGCAGUUAUUCCUGGCGAUGGAGAAGGAAAAAUUUGCAAUAUGGAAUCCCAGAGAGCCUCUCUUCUCUCUUGUUUCCCCCGGCUGGAGGGAGAAUUGGACUCUUGCACGUCUGUAGGAAAGUGUGGAAAGUUCUUCUCUCACAAUGGCAACUUAACUAAGCAUCAAAAGGUUCACACAGGGGAGAAGCCAUAUAAAUGCUUGGAGUGUGGAAAGUGCUUCUGUUUCAAUAGUAGCCUAACUUCACAUCAGAAGGUUCACACAGGGGAGAAGCCAUAUAAAUGCCUGGAGUGUGGAAAGUGCUUCUCUCGCAAUAGAAGCCUAAUGAUGCAUCAAAGGGUUCACACAGGAGAAAAACCAUACAAAUGCCUGGAGUGUGGAAAGUUCUUCUCUCAGAAUGGCAACUUAACUAAGCAUCAAAAGGUUCACACAGGGGAGAAGCCAUAUAAAUGCUCGGAGUGUGGAAAGUGCUUCUCUUCCAGUAGCCACCUCAAUGUACAUCAAAAGCUUCACGCAGGGGAGAGACCAUAUAAAUGCCUGGAGUGUGGAAAGUGCUUCUCUCGCAAUGGCACCCUAACUAGUCAUCAAAAAGUUCACACAGGAGAAAAGCCAUAUAAAUGCCUGGAGUGUGGAAAGUGCUUCUCUUACAAUACCAACCUACCUAAACAUCAAAGGGUUCACACAGGAGAAAAGCCAUAUAAAUGCCUGGAGUGUGGAAAGUGCUUCUCUGAGAAUGGCAGCUUAACUACACAUCAAAAGGUUCACACAGGGGAGAAACCAUAUAAAUGCUUGGAGUGUGGAAAGUGCUUCUCUUACAAUAGCAGCCUAACUACACAUCAAAAGGUUCACACAGGGGAGAAACCAUAUAAAUGCUUGGAGUGUGGAAAGUGCUUCUCUUGCAAUAGUAGCCUAACUGCACAUCAAAAGGUUCACACAGGGGAGAAACCAUAUAAAUGCUUGGAGUGCGGAAAAUGCUUCUCUUGCAAUAGCAGCCUAACUAAACAUCAAAGGGUUCACACAGGGGAGAAGCCAUAUAAAUGCCUGGAAUGUGGAAAGUGCUUCUCUUUCAAUGGUAACCUAACUAGACAUCAAAAGCUUCACACAGGGGAGAAGCCAUAUAAAUGCCUGGAGUGUGGAAAGUGCUUCUCUUUGAAUGCUGUACACUCAGAAAAUAUGGCCCGAUCCAUUGACACCAGAUCUCCAACUCUCGGAGUAACUUCCGAACGCUCAGAGACAAGUAUAGAAGAUCAACUGGGCCAUAUUUUCCUCUUUCAGAGAUCACCAGUGUCCUUUGAGGAGGUCGCCGUGUUCUUUAUGGAGGAGGAAUGGGUUCUGCUGGAUCCCAGCCAAAGAAAGCUCUACUGGAAAGUGAUGGAGGAAAAUUACGAGACCGUGGGCUCAGUGGAAUUUGAUGUGGUCUCACUUGCUGGUCGGCUAGUUCUAAUUUAG